AUGAACAUCUUUUGAGUGGUUUUAUGACUUUGGAUAGUAAUCAAUGCCAAAAUAUGAGAAACAGAGGAACAGAUAGCUGGCCUUCCAAACUUGAAUACUUUCCUGAUCACAGGAUCUUCAGCGGGAUUUAUGUUUGAGAUCUUCACCCACCCGACCAAAGAUAUCUUAUUUUUUAUGUCUCAAUAUUUGCAUACUCCAACUUCUCAUGUUUAUACAGGAGUGUUCGUUAUGGAUUACAAUUUAAACCCAAUCCAUGUAAGAGGCAUUAAAACUGACACAGCUGAUGAAGACUAUGGGAUAAGCUCAGAUGGAGCAUUCAUUUAUGCUCUUUUACAAGACUCGGGCAAUUUUAUGGAGGUAAACUCCACAGACAUAUCAAUUACCAAUUACAUCUCUGUUGCAUCGAUUACUUAUAGUAGAUACACAGGAAUCCAAUCGGUUAAUGGAAAUAUAUAUAUCAUGGCUAAACUUUCAGGCUCCUCUCACUAUGUGCUAUGCAGAUGGGACAGAGUAGCCUCCAAUAUGAAUUGCUUUGACUAUGGUGAUGCUGAUAGGAUUAAUUACACUCCUGUUACUAGUAAAAAAGCCUUUAUUUCUUCUGUGAUUGGAGGAGGGAAUGAUCUAUUUAUGUUUUUGGCUGAUUUCACAAAUCCAACCAAUUAUGAUUGGGUUAAGAAAAUUCAAUGUUCUUCUUCUUGUUUAUCGAAAGGAGGAAAGUCUCUUAUUAACAGUAAUCAAACACAUAUUUACACUGCAAAUAUCUUUUCAGGCAUCUUAUUGUAUCAUACUCUUGAUAUUUCAACCGGAAACUCGAUUGGAAAUGGCCUUAUCUCAUCAGGAUCUGCUAAAUUUGUCUAUAAUAUAAUUGACUAUAAAUCCCAGAUAAUCAUAGCUGUAGAGUACCAAACGCCAUCAGAAUCUGUCCUCCUCUUUAUUGAUCCUGUCUCAGUAAGUGUUGUAAAGGAAUUGAAGUGAUCAAAUCUGAUAAUAUACGGAUCUGAAAAAUUUGUGUUUAACUCACAUGACUACCUAGCACUCUCAGGCAGAUAUUCAUCAAACAGUAAAAUCCUCAAGAGUAGAGUGAAAGACUUAACUAGGUUCUCAGAAAUUACAGAAGACACCUCAAGGUUAUCCUUAAAUGUUGGCACUUAUGCUCUUAUUGAUCUUGUGACUUGGACUCCUCUGAAUCUUUCCACUCCUUCUCUAUCUAAUCUUGAUCCUUCCACUUUAGUGGUUGUCGACCAUACUAUAAAUAGCAUAAAUUCGGAUUAUUUGACUGCUCUUUGGGACGAAGAUUUUGCAGGCUCUUAUAUUACCAAUGUCGAGGCCAAUCUUAGUUUUAACUGGGCUUGUUCCCACUCAAGCAACAUAGUUCCAAUUUCAUUCACUCUUGAAGCCUUAGACGGAGCUAGUGUCCCUGAUUGGGUAAAUCUAGAUGCUAGUAAUCAGUUUUUAAUCCUUAAUAAGACCCCUAUAGUUACUUCACAGAUGGUCUACAAGUUUGCCAUAAGAAUUGAUGAUGGGACUGAUUCUACCAUUAAGAGAUUCUACAUCUCAGUUCAACCUUGAGAGAUUAAGAACUGUGCUACAUGCCAAAGCGAUAACCCUGGUAUUUGAACAGAAUGCCAACCUGAAACUCUCCUGAGUAAUGACAAAAGAUCUUGCAGCGGUGCUGAGGCUCAAUCUGAGGUUAUUAUUGCACAAGCUGUUUUUAUUUUCAAUUGAGUGAUCUGAUUAAUCUCUUCUAUUUUCCAAAAAGGAUCAAGUUCAGCAAUAUUUGAUUUGAUAAAUCAGUACCAAUUAUACAUCUUACUGCCUUUAUUAAUGCCUCAAUAUUUUCCGCCCAAAGUAAGGCAAUUCAUAUUAGGAAUUGACUUCUCCUUAAUUUCUCUUGACUUCAUUCCUGCUCACAAAAUUCCUGUCAUUAAGGCGAUAGAUGGAGCAAUCAAGUAUGAUCAAGAAGAUUAUUAUUUAUCCGAGAUUGGACUGAGUAGUGGAAGUACUCUGAAAAACUUUCUUCCUAUGAUCUUUGUCACUUUCAUAGCAUUUUCCUGCCAUUUUGUCAUUUAUCUUAUAUAUCUUUGAAUGAAGAAUGUUCCUGAAGGUCAGAAGUGAAGAGUAUUAGUCAAAAGGUUAUUUGUAUGGAUGACUUUCAGUAUGUAUAUCCGUUUUAUCAUGGAAGAGUUCUUGUACUUUGCUCUUUCUAUUGUCUCUGGGAUUAUCAAUUUUGUUAAUCAUAGCUCCAAAGAUUCACUUAUCUCAUCUAUUUCCUGCUUAUUUUUCGCAUUUGGAAUCAUUGUUUUUAUAAUAAUUAUGAUUAUUUCAUAUUGAUCCGGAGUAAGACACAAAGAAUCAAAGUUUCACCACCAUUACACUACUAAAGAGUUUUAUUCUGAAAUAAAAAACGACAAUAAAGCAAAGCUAAACACGAUGUGCUUUAUCUUCGUUAGGCUUUUAUCCGUCCUCGUGCUACUUCCAAUUACAAAUGUGUCAAAAACAGAUGAGAAUGGUGAAACCGAUAAGAUCAAGUCAAUUUAUUUUGUCAAGUUUGGAUUGUUCAUCUUUAUCCAUCUAACCUAUUGCUUCUACUUGAUAAUUGCCAGGCCAUCUAUCAAACCAGCUAUUAAUCUGAUUGAAUCUGUGAGCCAGGUUAACUACGUCUUGGCUAUCAUUCCUCUAAGUUUUCUCUAUUUUGAAUCCGAUUGGUCAUCUUCCAAGCAAAAUAUUUACAUUUACAUCUUAAUAAUAGGACCUGCUCUAGGAUGUGUGAUACUUAUAAUUGAUAUUGUCAAUAAUCUCUGAGCCAGGAGGAAAGAGAGGAAGCUAAAAAUAGCCGUGAAAAAAUUAAGAGAAGUUUCAGAACCAAACCUUACAAUACAGAGAAGAAGUAACUGUAAAAGACCUGUUCAGGAAAGUGCAAUCAAUCUCAGAAAAUAACCCCCUAAGAUCCCUAUACCUCCUCCAUUCCCAAAUUUCCAUCCUCUAACCCCUUUA